AAAACAAGGUGAGCAGCUACCUCUCUAACAAUCAAUCCAAUUAUCCGAAUCAAUUCCGGCGGUUUGCAUUUACUUUUAAAUCCAACAAGCCGCAUGUAGAUGAGUGCUUAUCGGCAAACCACUUCAAUCAACUGGCCACCAGCGGCAAGCACUAGAAACGUUCAGUUGGUGAUUGGACCCAUACCGAACCGGAACGAACGCGGCAAGACGCGCACGCUGCAACCCGCCCACGGUCGUAAGCUACUGUCCGCGGUACCGUACAGCCCGGCCAGUAACGGUGGGCUGCCUAUUAUUACUUUGAGACACCGGUACGCAGAAAACCGUCAAAACGAUUUAUCUUCGGCCGUACAAGGACAUCUUCCCGGGCGGUGGCCAUAACCAGCUAUCCUCGCUAUAUCCGCAACCCGUGAUGGAGCGCAGCGGAGGCGGUGGAGGCAGCGGUGGUGGUGGCGGUUCCGGAGGUCCAACCCCCAGUAGCCUAGACACGAUGAACGACUCGUCCGGCCUGUGUCUGCAGGAUCUGGUCGGUGUGAAUGGUGGCACCGGCGGUGGUGGAAGUGCCGGUGGGACCGGCGGUGGAGGCGGUUCGAACAAUACGCUAGCGGAUCACCUGCACGGUAGUGGGGCGCAUCACGGUACCCACACGCAUCACAGCCUGCACGACGGGCUGGUGAGUGGUGGCGUUAGCGUAUCGUCCGCCAUUACCAGCCUGAUGUCACCGGGCGGCAUCAACAGUGGUGGGCUUGGACACCUGCAUCACGGAGCACCUGAUCUGUCGGCGCACCAUCAUCACCAUCACCACCACCAUCAGCAUCACCAUUCGUCGGCGUUGCACGAACCGCUCGAGAAAUUGAAACUUUGGGCAGAAACUGGAGAUUUUCGGGAAAACAGUCACACCGGAAUGACGUCCGUUAGCAGUAUUGACCACGCACAGAUGGGCUUUCCAGCGUCUUCACCUCGCAAUAGAAGCUCUCGGGAUCGAAAAAAUGAUGUAUCCCGAUGUAUCAACGAAGCGUCGGUAAAGACGGAAAAUCUGAGUAGCGGAAUGUCGCACGAGGACGGUACCGGUACGGUCGCGCCCGGUACCACGAUCCAGCAGGACGGUACCGACGGUACCAAGAACGAUAAGAAAAACAAACGCCAGCGACGCCAGCGGACACACUUCACCUCACAGCAGCUGCACGAGCUCGAGCAGACGUUCAGCCGCAACCGCUACCCGGACAUGUCCACCCGGGAAGAGAUCGCGAUGUGGACCAACCUGACCGAGGCACGCGUCCGGGUAUGGUUCAAAAACCGGCGAGCUAAAUGGCGCAAGCGGGAACGGAACCAGAUGAACGCGAUUGCCGCGGCCGACUUCAAGAACGGCUUCGGGCCCCAGUUUGUGCAACCGUUCGCCGACACCGACACGCUGUACUCGUCCUACACGUACAACAACUGGGCGAAGGUGCCGUCCCCGCUCGGUGCCAAAACGUUCCCGUGGACGGUGAACCCGCUCGGUACAUCGAUCGUGUCGACCAACCAUCACCAGAACUCGAUCAACUGCUUCAACACGUCCGCAUCGUCGGUGGCGGCUGGUAUGGCCGGCACCGGCACGAUGCUGCCGGCGAGCAUGGGUACCGGGCUGACCGGUACAUCCGGUGCGACCGGCGUAUCGCCGACACCGUGCCCCUACACGACACCUACCAAUCCGUACAUGUAUCAUCAUCGCGCCGCGGCCGAACCGUGCACCGCCAUGAGCUCCAGCAUCGCGACGCUCCGGUUGAAGGCGAAGCAGCACACGUCCGGUUUCUCUAGUCCCUAUUCCGCGUCGUCGCCCGUGUCCCGCUCGAACUCGGCCGGCCUGUCCGCCUGCCAGUACGCGGGCGUCACGGAUACGGUCUGAAACGCGGCCAGCGCGAACAACAACCCGUUCGGCACACUACUCCUGUUUGUGUCGCAACCGUCACCAAUGCCACCACCGUCGCCCCCGCUAUCCCUGACGGCGGUAACACCGCAGGCAGCCACCGACGGUUCAGGUGAUAGCUCCCCAAUCGCGCA